GUGUGUGUGUGUGUGUGUGUGUGUGAUAACUCAGACGUCACAGCCUGCCGUUAGUCCAGAUCAGUUCAGAUCAGAUCAGCCGUUGGUUCUCUCCGGAGGUAAACUGAACUAAAUCGGGACCUGAAGGCAGUUUAACCCGGAACAUCCCGGCUCACAGUCUUCACCGGGACACUUCUCAUUUAAAUUUAACCCGAAAUCACCACCGCAAACAGCCAGGGCGGAGGGAGGGAGAGCCGCCGUUAACGUAACGUCUGUGACGUCGGUCCCGGGGUGCUACUCCGCCGGGUUUACCACCACGCCGUUUGUCCGGAGGGCCCUUAUCGGUGUUUACUGAGUGAUCGAUUGACCUGACCGGAGCUUAAUUGUGGGAUCGAUAAGUGUGUGAUGAUGGAGAGGAAGAAGACGGACUGCCCCGCUCUGCCGCCCGGCUGGAAGAAGGAAGAAGUGAUCAGGAAGUCCGGACUGAGCGCUGGAAAGAGCGACGUCUACUACUACAGUCCUACAGGGAAGAAGUUCAGAAGUAAGCCUCAGUUGUCCCGUUACCUUGGAAACACAGUGGACCUGGGAUGUUUCGACUUCCGGACGGGGAAGAUGAUGCCUGGGAAAAUGCAGAAGAACAAACAGAGACUCCGACACGACCCGCUCAGCCUGGUCAAGGGAGGCAAACCGGACCUGAACACAGCUCUGCCGAUCAGACAGACGGCGUCCAUCUUUAAACAGCCUGUAACCAAGGUUACAAGUCACCCCGGCAACAAGGUGAAGGCAGACCUCCAGAGAGCGACUGAGCAGCCCAGACAGCUAUUUUGGGAGAGGAGGUUGAAAGGUCUUCGGUCGUCGGACGUCACAGAGGAAGUUCUGAGGACCAUGGAUCUGCCCAAAGGACUGCAGAGUGUCGGUCCAGACUCCAGUGACGACACUCUGCUGUCAGCCAUCGCCAGCGCCCUGCACAUGAGCUCUGCUCCCAUCACGGGACAGACAUCCGUGGCUGCUGAGAAGAACCCGGCCAUCUGGCUGAACACGUCCCAGCCGCUCUGCAAAGCCUUCACUGUCACUGACGAACACAUCCGGGAGCAGGAGCUGAAGGUGUACCAGGCCAGGAGGAGUCUGGAGGAGGCGCUGAUGGCCGACGGUUUGGCGCGGGCCGCCGAAAAUACCCGAGAGCUGCUUGAGGGGAAGACAGUCUGAAGACAGACAAAGUUCCUCUGUUCACCAGCCUCAGGUCUAUCAUCAUCAUCUUCAUCUUAAUCCAGACAACAAACCAAAAACAGACCCUGACACAGACUGAAACAUCACCUGAUCCGUUGUCUCAGUGGGUGAUAGCUUCAACCUUCCCGUUAAAGAAACCUUUUCCCAGGAUGACAUCAAACCGGACAUCUGUCAGCCUCUGGAAACUAAUAUGAUUUUCCAGAUCAGCAGCAGCGGCAACGAGGGGAGCAGCGACCACAGAAAUAAUGACAUCAGCAAUGACAGAUAUUACAGCAACACCAGUUUCAACAUUAAUACAGCAGCAAACAACAGUUGCAGCAACAGAAACUGCCAUAUAGGAACAUAAGGAGCAACAGCAGCAAUAAGUUGAGUGUACCAGCUCAAAGCAACAACCGAAGCCUUUAAUCCUCUCAGUGAUUUCUCAUCUGUACAAACUUAACAACAAGCGCUUAUUUUGUCUCAGUCUUCAAAUACUAGUUUUCUUUCUUUUUUAAUAUAAAACUGAUGAAAAAAUGCUGAAGAGCAAUUCCCUCAUUAAACCCAAAGUCAGGUUGCAAACUGCUGGACGGCUUUUGCUAACUCUACUAACCCUUAUUGUGCUCUUUGAUGAUUUUGGUUGUUUGUGGUGUCAGAUUGUCGUCAGUUUUUUCUUUUCUUUUUUUUUUUUUUUUUAAAAGGUCUUCAGGGGUUUUAAUUAAAUAAUGAGAAUUUACAUGAAUAUGAAAUAGAUGAGUUGCUUAUUUAAGACAAAUUUUAUACCUUGAGAGAACAUAUGUGUACAUUUCUUGGACUGGAGUCAAUAAAUGAUUAUAUUCACAA